AUGCUCGACGUGAAGACCCCAGCUGUGGCCCUUGUGGCAUUUGCCACGGUUUUUCUGAUGUUGGCACUCGGGAAGUUUGUGUGGAAGAGAAGGAAGAUGCCCCCCGGGCCUUUUCCGUUACCCCUCCUCGGGAAUUACCUGCAGCUUCGGUCAGGAAACCAGAUUCAAACUUUAAUGAAGCUGAGUGAGAAAUACGGACCGGUCUUCACCGUUUACUUUGGCCCCCGACCCAACGUGGUCCUGGUCGGAUACAAAGCCGUGAAGGAGAUGCCGAUUGACCACGGAGAUUCCGUCCUGGGACGAGGGGAGAUUCCCAUAUUUUUCGAUCUCUAUAACAGAUGCGGUUUGCCUGUUGCCAACGGAGAUCACUGGAAGCAGCUGAGACAGUUCUCGCGCAUGACGCUCAGGGACUUUGGGAUGGGUAAGAAGAGUUUAGAGGAACCCAUUCAGACGGAGGCCCGGCACAUGGUGAACGUCUUCAGAAACACGAAACAGCACCCCGUUGACCCCGGUUACACGCUGAUAUGCGCUUCGUCUAACGUUAUCGCGUCCGUUCUCAUGGGAACCCGAUACGAUUACAACGACCAGAAGUGGCUGAACAUCCUCAGCGAUAUGUGCAAAGCAUUCAGUAUCACCUCGUCGCCCUCGGGUCGUCUGUACGACAUGUUCCCGUCGCUCAUGCGGAUCUUGCCCAGGAACCACCAGAACUUCUUCAAGCUCUUGAAGGGCCUGCGGGAUGUUGUGAAAGAACAAGCGAGGCGCCAUCUUGAGACUCUGGAUCCCGCCUGCCCUCGAGACUACAUUGACUGUUUCCUCCUCAGGAUGAAGCAGGAAAAUAUGAAGCUUCCUUUUGAUAUGAAAAACCUGAUAAGCACGAUUUUUGACAUGUUUCUUGGAGGAGCGGAAACCACGGCCGUUACCAUAAAGUUUGGGUUCCUGGUGCUGAUAAAAUAUCCAGAAAUUCAAGUGUUUUAUGAGGAGAUUGAACAAGUCAUUGGCUUCACGCGGGACCCGAUGGUAGAAGACAGAAGCAAAAUGCCGUACAUGAAUGCCGUGAUCCACGAGAUCCAGAGAUUCAGCGACGUGCUGCCCCUAGGCGUGGCCCGCUCAGCCACCAGUGACAUACAUUUCCGCGGCUACCUCAUUCCCGAGAAAACUGAUGUUCUGCCGGUUUUAACCACCGUCCUGAAUGACCCCACGCAGUUCGAAACGCCCCACAAAUUUAAUGUCAAACAUUUUUUGGAUGAAAACGGCAAGUUCAUGAAAAACAAUGGGUUCUUGCCAUUUUCGGCAGGGAAGAGGAACUGUAUCGGCGAGAGUCUGACACGGAUGCAGCUGUUCAUCUUCUUCGCCAGCGUCCUCCAAAAAUGUACUCUUAAGCCGACGGUGGCCCCGAAGGACCUGGACAUUAACCCUGUAGAAACAAGCUUUGAAAAUAUACCCCCCGUUCAUAAAAUCAUUUUCAUCCCUCGUGAAUAAGAUGCCCUCGGGGCAACCCCUCCAUGAUACCUAAUAUUUUAUACGAGUCCAUAAAAAAUAUAUCUUCUUUUAUAUCUGCAUAGAACACCCUGAUGACCUAAAAGUAAUCCAGUACUGUUUGUGUAUUUGACCCAGAAUCAAGUUAUAUUCGUGUCCUUUCCGCUGAAUAUCACUUAAUAUAGCAGAAAAAGACUAACGUUCUGGCAAUACGGUGACCUGCACAGAUUUUGCACAGAAGAUCUCCAUAAACUGAUCAGCCAAUGACAUGACGGUAUUUCCCCCAUUGUACAGCGCUAUGGAAUUUGAUGGCGCUUUAUAAAACAAUAAAUAAUAAUAAUAAUAAUACUAAUAA